CCGGGGUGAGAGGAGUGGACGCGAUGGCAGGGCCCGCGUGGAUCUCCAAGGUCUCUCGGCUGCUGGGGGCAUUCCACAACCAAAAACAGGUGACCAGAGGUUUUGCUGGUGGUGUUAAGACAGUAACUUUAAUUCCAGGAGAUGGAAUUGGCCCAGAAAUUUCUGCUGCAGUUAUGAAGAUUUUUGAUGCUGCCAAAGCUCCUAUUCAGUGGGAAGAGCGAAACGUCACCGCCAUUCAAGGGCCGGGAGGCAAGUGGAUGAUCCCUCCAGAAGCCAAAGAGUCCAUGGAUAAGAACAAGAUGGGCUUGAAAGGCCCUUUAAAAACACCAAUAGCUGCUGGUCACCCAUCUAUGAAUUUAUUGCUGCGUAAAACAUUUGACCUUUAUGCAAAUGUCCGACCAUGUGUCUCAAUCGAAGGCUAUAAAACCCCUUACCAUGACGUAAAUAUUGUCACCAUUCGGGAGAACACAGAAGGAGAAUACAGUGGAAUCGAGCAUGUGAUCGUGGAUGGCGUUGUGCAGAGUAUCAAGCUCAUCACCGAGGCGGCGAGCAAGCGCAUCGCGGAGUUUGCCUUUGAAUACGCACGGAACAACCACCGGAGCAACGUCACGGCCGUGCACAAAGCCAACAUCAUGCGAAUGUCAGAUGGGCUUUUUCUGCAAAAAUGCAGGGAAGUUGCAGAAAACUGUAAAGAUAUUAAAUUUAAUGAGAUGUACCUUGAUACAGUAUGUUUGAAUAUGGUCCAAGACCCGUCCCAGUUUGAUGUUCUUGUUAUGCCAAAUUUGUAUGGAGACAUCCUUAGUGACCUGUGUGCGGGAUUGAUUGGAGGUCUUGGUGUGACACCAAGCGGCAACAUUGGAGCCAAUGGAGUUGCAAUCUUCGAGUCGGUUCACGGGACUGCCCCGGACAUUGCGGGCAAGGACAUGGCCAACCCCACGGCCCUCCUGCUCAGCGCUGUGAUGAUGCUGCGCCACAUGGGGCUUUUUGACCACGCUGCGAAGAUUGAGACGGCAUGUUUUGCUACAAUUAAGGAUGGAAAGAGCUUAACCAAAGAUUUGGGAGGCAAUUCAAAAUGCUCGGACUUCACAGAAGAAAUCUGUCGCCGAGUAAAAGAUUUAGAUUAAGACUUCUACAGACAGUAUCUGCACCAGUCACUCCUAGUGGACGCCACAUCAGCCUGUGUUAGAGUACUUCCCGUUAUGUAUUCAUUUAUGCAUUUGUUGCUCGUUUCUUGACAAGUACAUUUUUAGACCUGGCCUUUUUCUUAAAAUCUGUGCAGAGGAUGCAGGUAAUGUCCCUAGACCUGCUUUCAAAGGACUUCUUCCAAGUGCUUGUUUUAUUUAUUUAACGUCUAUCUGGUAUAUAUUUUUUUUUUGUAAACUCUCAAGUGAACUGUUAUCAUUUGCUGUUGUUAACCAUAUUAUGCUUCAGUUAAAAUAGUUUUCCUUUCACUGUAAAUAUCAUGAGACAGAAAUACUAAGAGAAAACAUCUAACUUUUUAAAGAAAAAGACUGAUAUUCUUGGUUUACGAAAAAAUAUAAUAGAGAUAAAGUAGAAUGUUGGCAUAAUAGCAUGAGACGAUAUUCUUAUAAAACUAAAUGGGCACAAGAGAAAUUUCCUGGGAAAGUUUACAUCAAAAACAGUGAAUAUGGUAUAUUUCUUAGUGAUAUGGAAAGCAAAGACUAAUUUGUACUUUACAUGAAUUACUGAGUAUGAAUAAAGACUUCGGAUUGGAGAAAUAUAUAAUGAGAGAUGUAAUUUUUGUUCAUAGCAUACAGGUAAUAUAUCGGGUACAAAGACACAAGUGGAUUGUGUGUUCAGUUAUUUUUGUUAUCUUGAGGUUUACUGUUCUUGGUAAGAGCUUUUAAUGAAGUGAAGGGGUGGUCCUUCCUUUUCACUGGACGUAUAUCAAGCAUGGUGCAUAACACAGCCCUCGAUCUCCUGUCCCUUGGUCCCUUGGGGGACCCUGACUCGGACCUGGGAGCAGUCCCUCUUCCGCAGCCUGCCUGUCGCUGUCCAAAGUGGACCACACUCCCGCUGAUAGGGCUAACAGGCCUCACCAUAUAAAUUUUGACUGCAAUUGAGGAACCUGGAGUACUGGCUAUUAAUUUUACAUUUCACUGGCUUCUCCUUCCCCAAAGCACCAAAUCACCGCCCUCUGCCUCAGCACCACCAGGGAAAGAGGAGCUGCAAACAGCCUGAAUUGACUCACAGAAUCGUGCCACCCUUAGGGCUUGGCUCAGCUUUUGACCUUCAGGCACCUCCCCAUCCUUCCUCCAAUCCUCACCUUUAGCAUGAUUUGUCUUUAAUCUUCGGAAACUGAGUCACUAUUUUCAUGAACCCUUUGGUCUAACACCAAAGGCAACUCAUGUCCUCCUUGGCCCUUGUGUAACAUCUCUAACCUGCGGCUUUGCGUUGUCACAAGGGAGUUUUUAACCACAACCAAUACUCCUGUUUGGGUCCUUUUUUGAAGCUCAUAACCAGACAAAUAAUCUUAUGUGUAUUUUACUUUGUUUAAACUGCUGCUGCUUCUGUUUUAUUGAAUUGUGCUAAUUAUUGGU